AUGCUACAGCUGAAAAAGAUUUCACGAUUGUUAUCGCAAGGAUUGACUGCGAUUCCAGACGAUUCUGAGUCUUCAUCAACAUCACCAAUAGUCACAAGAGCCAACGCUCCGCUUUCGAUAUCACUUCUCUCGCAUGAAGGCAUACCGCUUACAACUGUGCUCAACAAGUCUGUGUUGCAGGAAACGUCAAUUGUUCCAGACAAUCUCCGUGUGUACUCUCUCCAGAGCUACAAGACCCUCAUCCAACAUCAGCACCAACAAGCUGAAAAGCCCGUCUUGAAGAACUGGGACAUCAUAGAGUUGGAUGCCGGACUUAAGCUGAUCAUCAUGAGCUUAAAUGUAGAAGAAAAUGACAGCUCUAACCCCGAACUGGUUGUCGUAGGUGAAGAAGCAGGUGUUGAAACCCUUGUAGAGUCUGCUGGCUCUAGUCAAGACAAUGAGCUCUAUAUAGUCCUUUUCUACUUGAAACCAUUUCCAGACGCAAUAGCCAAGCUUAAGUUGGACCAUAUCGAUGCGGCAUUGCAUGAGGGGUUGAAGGGAUAUGUUAGAGGGUAG